AAGUAAUAGAAAUCAGCUGUCACUGUCAAAAUAAAACCAUUGUUAAAAAAUAAAGAAGACGGAAUAAUUCUUCUUAAAAAACAGAUUUUGCGUAAUUUUAAGAAAUAAAUUUUGAAAUUAGUUCUUUGAAUCUUUUAAUAACUCUAUCUGUAUCACUGUUGAUUUGUUUAUGGGACGUGUCAAAGCAUGAGUACAAAUUUAACAUAAUCUCCCAGGAAGAAUCCACCCAUCUGAGAAAAUGUCUCAAAGGGUGUUGAAUUGUAUUACACAGUGGGUUCAUCCGAAAGAGGAUGAGAGUAAUGUUAUUUCUGCUACAUUUCACAUGCUUACAAUCACUCUUAUAAGCAUGUCAUUGGUAGAUUUGACUUGGUUUUCAAUUACUGGACCAGUAUGUGUUCCGUACCUCACCUUAGGUGAAUUUUUCUGGUUCGGGUUUUCAAAUGAAGAAGAUAUCGAUUAUUCAGAUUAUGACUGUAUAACACCAAAAAUAGUUAACAUGAUGAGAAUUACUAUAGUACUUUGUUUUAUGACAAUCAUUUUUGCAUUAAUGGGUUUCUUUUUGGAAAUUAUCGGACCUAAACACCCAGUUUAUACAUCAUUGAGAAGAUAUGCGGUUAUGGGUACUUUUACAGUUAUAUGGAUUAUGGUUAUCGUCGGAAUCUCUUAUUACAUAGUUGUAUUACUAGAAGUGUCUUUGGCAAAAGUUUACCCCAAGCAACAGUCAUCUGUUAGUUAUGGUAUAGGAUUUUACCUCAUAGCUGCUUCGGGUGCUGUAACUUGCUGUGGAAUCGUUUAUACAUUAGUUCUUCCUUUACAUCAUUCACGUUAUUCAAGAGACGACGAUAGGUGUCUUUUAGACGCGUUCGAUGACGGCCUCGACACUUUCCAUCACCCUAUACCUCCGCCACCAUACUGCAUACCACCACCUCCCUAUACACCUUGAUCCACAUUGAGAUUAUUUUCUUGUUAAUGUUAGAUUUAGAGUAAAAAUCAGUUAUUGUCAAAUAGAAGGUUUUUAGGCAUCGUAAAGUAUAAAAAAAUAAAAUUUUCUCAUAUAUUAUCAUCAUUGUUAUAGAAAAUAAUCAUGAAAGGACUCAAGGAUAUUUUUCAGGUAUAUUAGACAUACAGGGUGUCCUACAUAAAACUGAAUGAUUUUUUGUUGUUUUGCAUAUUUUCUACUCGUUUUCUUAGGAAAUAAAGUUUUUUUUAACUUUAUUGCAUUGUUAGAAAUCUGAAUAUGCAUAAAUCUUCUAAUUGACAGUAUUGAUCCUCCACGAGUCUUCAAAAAUUUGUUAUGAGGAACCUAAGUUUCUUAUUUAGUUUAGAUGGUCUUCAAACAAUUUUUUUGCACGUUUCAGUACGAAAAAAUAAAAUUUUUGAUGUUAUUGAUUAUUUAUUUGACAAUAUCUAUGUCACUUCUCACCGUUAUUAGUGAAAAUAAAUUUAUAAAAAUGCGUUUUUACAGGUAACCUAACCUAAAAAGAAAAAUAGUUAAUAACGGGUAAAGUAACAUUAAAAAUUUGAGCUACUUUUUUCUUUUUUAUAUAUAUAGGGCGAUGUAGAAUUCGAAAAAUUUCACGUGCUAUUCUAUUAUAUAUAAAAAAAAGAGAUUUAAAUUUUCUAGGAGGUUUAUUGGUAUGAAAAGUUAUUUGCGAUACGCAGUAAUUGCGUUAAAUAAAAUGAUUAUUUUGAAAAACUUCAAAGAAAACUCUGAAGAAAUUAUUUUUAACGUUAAUAUUUUUCGAAUUCUAACACAUACUGGGUGUUUUCAAGAUGCGAGCAUAUCAUCGUAAAAAUGUGUACUUAACCCUACUUGCUACCUAUUUUAAUAAUUUCUAUAUAUAUAACCAAAUAUUUUACCAAAGGUAAUCAGAGUUAUUUGUAUUAUAUUAUUUUUUUCUUUAUUAAUAUGUAGAUACGACGAUGUUUAUAUACCGGAAUCUCAAAAAUGUGUACAACUAUCUGAAUUUACAAGAUUGGUAUAAUUUAAUGACUUUUUGACAAUUUUUCAAAAUAAUACUUGAAAUUACAUGUACUUAACCAAUUUCAGUUGUUAUUUUGUAUAAAGUUAAUAGUCCAUGGCCACUCAUACUACCAGAAAUGUGAACCAAUAUAACAGGGAUUAUUAAAGACCUGACUAAAGUAGAUUUUUGUUGUAAACAUAAUCAGUGAUAUUCGAAUUUGACGCAUUUAAAUAAUUUUCAUUUAAUUGAAUAAUUUAUAUACUUUAUUAGUAAAGCGGUCCACACACAUCCACAGAUUUUAAUUAGUAUUUUGGUUUUUCGAAAAUAAAUGUUGAAAAUGAA